CGGUUUCGGAACACAUCCUGGAUACUGCAGCACGUGAAUAACCCGGGUGAUUUGACAUUCAUCGACACCAACAAUUGCUUUCACGUUUCCAAUUAAGCAGAAUAUUAACAGCCCUGAAAUUCCUGUUUCGAAAUCAAGAUUCGGAGAAACGUUGGAGUUUGAAAUUUAAUUUCACAAAGAUGCUUCUUCACUGAGAGCGAAAAAAAGGAGAAAAAACAACAACAACAACAAACAAAUAACGGAUUGGAAAUCCAAAGGUAUUGGAAAUGGCUGGCGGUUUGAAUAUAAAUAGGGAAUCAUCGCCCUAUCGUGUUUGUCGUGAUUUUCUUCGCAAUGUUUGCCAUCGUGGUAAACGAUGUAAAUAUCUUCACGAAAGAUCAGAAGACAGUCCCAUUGAUGAAUAUACGUUUUGUCACGAUUUUCAAAAUGGCAUGUGCAAUUGGCCAGGUUGUAAAUUUCUUCAUUGCACUGAGAGUGAGGAGAAACAUUUUCGUGCAACUGGCGAAUUACCAUCGCACAUUCUCGUUAAAUUGAAGAAUAACAGCGAAAAGGAAUUGCCCGCUUGUAAGGACUUCAUUAAGGGCAGCUGUCAAAGGGUCAAUUGUAAAUUUAGACACUUUAAAAAAGAUGAACCACAACCGAAUAUGAUUACAGUUUCACAAAUUAAUUUACCAAAACCACAGCAUAAUUUUAAUGGAAACGGCGGUGGUGGUGUUGGUGAUAAUCGACGAUUUGAAGAGGACAGAAGCAUUCAGUGGCAAUUGGAGGAUCACUGUCUGCUAACGAAUAAUGGAUACAAUGCGUCUUCGCAUCCUCUUGAUUACCUUGGACCACCGGAGCCGAAAAGAAGACUAGUCUCGGGUGAAGCUCUUUUACAUUUUGAAACUUCACAAUUAGUUGGACAACACACAGCUCAGCCCGUUACAUCCGGAUAUUAUUACCCAGUAAUACCGAGGAACGAAGCCAGGGCGAUUGUCCUGGAGGACGAGAAUUCUUUGCUAAGAAAAAAAAUAGAAGAACUCAAAAAGCAGGUAAGUGAUUUAACAGCAACAAAUGAAUUUCUUCUGGAUCAAAAUGCACAAUUGAGAAUGUCGGGCAAACGAACGGCGAAUGUGACAGCAGUGACGGUGCCGGCAGUUACAAUAACAAAUACAGUGCCACCGUCCCAGGCGCCAACUCCACAGCAAAUGGUGAACGCCGCAGUUGCUGCAGGAACAUUAAGAACUGUCACUGCGAGUGUUGCUACUGUUCCAGUUAGUUUAGCGACAGUUGCUCCCGUUUCGAUUGCCGCCGUAUCAAUGGCUCCGGUUUCAAUUCCACCGCCAAUUGUCACAAUGGCACAACAAACAAUCACAAUGAGCGGUUCCGGUCCACAACCGAAUAAUCAACAACCACCGAAUUCACAGCAGCCUACCAGUUUACCCCUGUCAAUAUCGGGAGCAACUGCUCCAUUACUUUCCUAUCCAAUAAUGACCCAGGAACUCAGGCCUGUCUUGCAGUAAAUUUCUUUUACGAUCCAGAAACUUCUUUCUUUUCUUACGGAAAUUUAGACAUUCAUUU